AUGCUUAUCAAUGGACCAACAGAGUGGAGCAAGGCGUGGUUUGCGACGGGCAUUAAGACCAAUCUGUUACAUAAUGGAUUCAACUCGAAGCUGCAAGCUUCAGCAAUGACGCUUGGCCCGAGAGUUGUCAUCAUGCAAUUCAAAGAUACUGAUACUAGCAUGAGUUCUAGGGAAUGUGUCUUAGACCAACCAAUUGAGACUUUGGUCAUUCAUGGAGACAAUAUGAACAAUGAUGAUGUAUCGUUACGGUAUCGGCUUGUUGCUUGGUCUGAAGGAUCAAAAACGAAAAGCCUGCUGGCGAUUGCUUCAUCAAAUCAAGUCGAAAUAUGGGAGGUUAUUGUGACAAGUGGUAUCUCUGUAAUUUUGAAGGGCUGUGUGGACAUCUAUGAUCUGCAAGGAAUAUCUUGGAGCCCCUGUAAUGACGUUUUGCUCGCCUUCUCCAAGACCGACAUUAUGUUGAUUGAUGCUUCACAAGUAGUAUUAUCGUGGCGUGAAGUUUACACAGAUAGUGAUAGCACGCGACGAGCAUGGAGUGCGAAUUCGUGGAGUCCUUGUGGAUUACAAGUGUCAAUGCACAGCGCGACAUGA